GUGAGAUACAAAAAUUCCUCGUAGGUGCGUGUAUGUAAAAGUGAAUAAGUUUGCUUUAUAUUAUUUGUGAAAGAAAUCUAACGUAAAUUAUAUUUUGCUGUUAAUAAACGAUAAGCAAUUAAUUAAUGUUGAGUUAAAGUUAAAUGUAUUUUUCCCUUGUUUAAAGAGUUCAAUUUAAUAAAGAUCUGCGUCUAUCGCAAAUAUGGCCGUCCUGUAAUGAAUCGGUCAGUGAUAUUAUAGUAAUUUCACAUAAUGCAAAAUUUAAAAAUGGAGCUUCGUGUCGGUAAUAAAUACCGACUGGGCCGUAAAAUCGGAUCAGGAUCAUUUGGAGACAUUUAUUUAGGAACAGAUAUCGUAACAAAAAAAGAAGUAGCCAUCAAAUUAGAAUGCAAAAAGACAAGACAUCCACAAUUACACAUAGAGAGUAAAUUUUAUAAACUUAUGCAAGGAGGCAUUGGUAUACCUGCAAUAAAAUGGUGUGGCUCAGAAGGAGACUACAAUGUUAUGGUAAUGGAAUUAUUAGGUCCUUCCUUGGAAGAUCUCUUCAACUUUUGUGCACGCCGUUUUUCCCUAAAGACUGUACUCUUUCUCGCUGAUCAACUUAUCAGUCGCAUUGAGGACAUUCAUUAUAGGAGCUUCAUACAUAGAGAUAUUAAACCAGACAACUUUUUAAUGGGUCUCGGGAAGAAAGGGAAUAUAGUAUACAUUAUAGAUUUCGGAUUAGCAAAGAAGUACAAAGACUCACGCACUAACCAACAUAUACCAUAUAGAGAAAAUAAAAACUUGACUGGCACAGCAAGAUAUGCAUCAAUUAACACUCACUUAGGCAUUGAACAAUCUCGACGCGAUGACUUGGAGUCUCUCGGAUAUGUCCUCAUGUACUUCAAUCGCGGUAGUUUGCCCUGGCAAGGUCUUAAAGCGGCGACUAAACGUCAGAAGUACGAAAGGAUAUCUGAGAAGAAAUUAUCGACACCAUUUGACGAGUUAUGCAAAAACCACCCGACCGAGUUCCAGCUGUACCUGAAGUACUGCCGGCGACUGCGCUUCGAAGAGCGACCCGACUACGGCCACUUACGCCAACUAUUCCGCGCACUUUUCCACCGACAAAGAUUCACUUACGAUUUCGUUUACGACUGGAACAUGCUCAAGUUUGGACUCCCGCGUGUAUAUGUACAUCCAAUCGACCGCAAUCAGACAAGACGUCAGGAUCAAAAACAGGAACCAGUAAGCACGCCGGCGGCGGGCGCGGCGAGCGCGGCGGGCGCGGCGGGCGCGGCGCCGGCGGGCGCGGCGGUGGCGGCGGUGUCGGAGCGGCGGUGAGCACGCCGCUCGCCGCGGACUCGCCAUCCUCGCCUCUCGCGACGGCGCGCCCAGGCCGCGGCGCAGACGCCGCUCUCACAGGAAUUGAAGCGAUCGAGUCCCCGAAUGCAUGUUCAGUGUUAAACUAAGGAUAAAUUUUGUACGCAUUCAUGUUAACGUUCAUAUAUUGUAAAUUAUUCUUAGACGAAUCGACUGGCCGGACCCGUUUCCGCGACGUCUCGUUCCGAUGUGACUCGUUUAAGCGUAGCUAGCUGUUAGGCCUAUCCGUACGUCUAUUGUACUUUAUGCUCAGUUAUAUUUAGAUGUUAAGGAACUUGAAAUAUAUGAACGAGAGUAGCGUGUUUGUCGUCGAUUCGACUAGUGUACUAUAAAAGUGUAGCUCGAGAGAGUAGUUCGGACGCGUCGCGCGACGCACAUGUGCUGUGACAUGUGACUCUACCGACGAAAGCAUUUAUUGAGAAAAUCUUGACUCUUAAAGUGGUCUUAUCCGUUACUUUGCAUCCGAUAAAUUAUGAUUGUUCUUAAAGCCAAUUCAAGAAGUGCUGUAUAAUAUUGCAAGAAAAUAUUUUAAUUACUAAAAUCAUUCUCUUUAUAAACAAUCGGUUGUACGAUUUAAAAUUGCUACUCCUUAGUUAUCUUCUGUGUUGAGAUGGGAGUUCAUGUGCAAUAUGGUUAAUUUUCUUUAAAUCUUGUCUUCCAUUUUCUUAUUGACGAAUACUAAUAUAGUUCUCGAGUUGUCUAAAUUUAUGUUAACUUGAAAAAAAGCAUGUAAAUCAUUUGACACGUCCAGCCACUGCCAUAGGUUUAAAUUAGGUAAGUUUUUGGAAAAAUAGUCAUUUUCUUUUAGAUUCAUAAUGGAGUUUGCUUUUAUUUUGUGGAAGACAAUGUUGUUUAGUACUCUUUGAUUGGCUGUAUUCUAGCUUAAACAGGAACACAUUCCUAAUACAAACCUCUACAUCUUAACUAAAUAACUUUGAUCUCAUGUGAAUUACCAAAAUCUUUCACCUAUGUAACUUAUUUCGUAAGCUGCAUGCAUAAUAUUAAGGGCAGAUUAUCAGACAAAUACAAUUACAAAGCAACCAAAAUGUAUGACAAAUGUGUUGAUGACAUUUCAAUUAAUAAUUACAUUACAUUUGUCGACAAUUAUUAUUAUGACAAAGUGGUUAUCAUUAGAUUUGUAGUUGUUUGUAAGAUAUUCACCCUCCAUACAUGCGUCGGUAAUCCCAAUACCAUAUCAUAAUAUUUUAUUCGAGGUGGAUCUAAAGGUUUAUUCCAUCUUUUGAUUUUAAGUACAAUGUUUCGUUACAAUUGGUAAUAAGAAUGGACCGUAAAAUUACUUUUGCUACAAUACUUUAUCAUUCUUUGUAAUUAUUUUGCUACAACUGUUCUAUACAAACCAAAUACUUGAUUGAAAAUUAAAAUGUUUGAUCGAUUACAUUUAUACCGAGUGAUAUAUGUAUGUCAUACUUUUAAUAACUUCUGACUGUUAUUUAUUGUAUUACUAAAAUUUAAUCAUUUAUCACAUGUAUGUACAUAGCAAAUAAAUGGUUAGAUAAAUUAUAUACGGUAUUAUUGUCAGGAUCAUUUAAAAUUAAAUUAAUAUUUUAUAUAUUCGGCAUUGUUGUAUAAGUUCAAAAGACGGUGUUUGUAUAUUGAUGAUUUACAAAAUCUUUGCUUAAUCUAUUUAGUUAAUUUCAUGACGAUAUAAUAUAUAGCUUAGGUUUUUGUAUUAUAAAGCGAAAAAUGUAAAGAAAAUAUAAUUUUCAUUUUUAUUAAGAAAGAGUUGUACUGGAUUAAUCCCAAAUUGUGAUCUAUGAUUUUUAACUUAUUCCAAACACACUACUAAUUGCCUUUACUCUUUUAUAAUCUGUGGCAAUAUGAUUGUGUAAUAAUAUAAGUCGACAGUUUCUCAGAUCGGAUGUGUGCAAAGAAUCAUUAGAUUUAAAUCAUCCAUCUCUAAUAUGACUGAGAAUUAGGUUCAAUUUUAUGUAAAUAUAAUAUUAAAAUUAGUAUUUUGUUAAAUGAUUGGAUUUACGAAGCAGGAUAAUACGUCCUGUUUUUAAGAUAUUCCAUAAGGUUUUAGUUGUUUAAUAAAGUUCGCAUAUUUAGUAAUUUGUUUGAAAUAGCACAUCGAACGAUUAAUUGUGUUGUGAAUCAUAUUCUAGCGAGCUAUAUCGUCUUCUGUCGACGCUACGGAAUAUGUCUGCCACUUCUAACUUUGGUAAUUGUAAGUUUAGUCAUCAGUAUUUUUAGCAUUUUUUUGUUCUGAAUUCCUAACUUGCGUUCGAAUUUAAUUCACAUUAAAUAAUAAAAAUCAUUUUUUGUUUGUAUCCAUCCAGCCGGGCGCCAAUUGUUCAGUAUUGGCAUAUUUAAGUGUGAGCGCUGUUUAAUAAUAAUAAUGGAAAGUUAGGAUGUUAUUAAUACCCAAAUAUAUUUUAAUGAUAUUGUUUACUAAUACUUAUAGACACGUUUAUUUAGACAGGUUAAGAUUUAACAUCCCAUCGGGGGAAAUGAUAUUUGUGCUGACGGCAAGGACUCUCAUUGGUGAUGAAGUCUGUUUGAGUUAGAGUUGGCGCGGCCAGCAGCCGCGUGGCGGGAGUACGGCGGCCGAUCUCGCGUUAGUGAGUGCGUGUUCUUGAUCUAGUGAGAAGUGCAGUACAGUGCAUUUCAGCGAACGGUUCCCGACGCGACAAGGUCAUGACUUUCACUAAGUGUCCGCUCGGAUAGACAAAAGACUCUUAUCGACUUAAUUUUGUAUAUAAUUAUUGUAACACUGAUGUCUAAGUAGUAAGGUACUUAGUUAAAUCAGGUACACUGUUUUUUACAAUAUUCUAGAUAAAUAAAUAUUAUAUUAAUAUUACGUAACUGUUCUGUAAUAUCUUAAUUGCUCCCGUUGUUUCCGUAGCUGAGCGUCGUGUACAGCUUUAUACUGAUUAACUCCUCAAAUGGUCUUAGACAUCAGUGAUCCGGAGACUAUUGCAAAAGGAGGGAACGAAUCAGUAGACGUAGGAUAAGAGAAUUAGACAAUGAAAGCUUUUAAUGGAUUUAAUAAAUUCUAAAUUUAAGGGUAAGGGAAGUGUUCCCUCCAUUUUGAAUAUAUUAUACUAAUAUGUGAAAUGUAAUAGAUCUUGUAUCUCAAUGAUGUUUGAUUUACGUUAUGUGGUCGUGUUUCUUUACGCAAUCUGUAUAUGCUGGCCCAUGUAGCUUAGCAUAUUAAUAUGCUUUUAUUACAUAAAUUUAUUAUGCUUGCAUUGUUUUCUACGUCCAGUAUGUAUUGAUUCCUUUGGCACAAUAAACUGAAUAAAAUAAACAUUUGAAA